UCGACUCAAAAGUGUUUAGAGAAACACUUCACCUGAUUUUUUUAAUUAGAAUUAAAUUGUUUCUAUUUCUUUUUGCUUUGUUUAUUAUCUAUAUUUAUCUCGUUCUCGUAGUUUUAUUUGGAAUAGAAAAAUUCAAAAUGAAUUCAUCAAAUUCUAAUCAUCCCGAAAGAUCUUCAAUAGCUGCUCAUCUUGUUGUUCCAAUUCUUAUUAAACCAAUUCUUCACAAGUUGGAGCGAGAGAGUAGUGACUGUGCUCAUGCCAUAAGAUGUUCCUUGAUAAAAGCUGAAAACUCUUCGCCCGGAAUUUUACUUGAACUUUUGAUCGCAAUGAUCAAAAAAGCGGACCUUUCAGUGAACAUAAUUGAAUCGUUGCUUAGACUCCAGGGAACUAUUCCUGAAUUUGAUGAUUACAUAAUUAGACGAAGAGAAGAACCUUUCCAAGAGAUGAAUAAAAAAUCGGUAGUUCUAAGGAAAAUUCUGUCCCGUAUUCCCGAUGAAAUCAAUGACAGGCCAAUUUUUCUUGCCACCAUAAAGGAAAUUGCCAGUGCUAUAAAGAAAAUAAUGGAUUGUGUCAAUGCAAUAUCAGAUUAUACCUUCGAUUUAUCGGAUAAACAAGUUUUAGACAUUCGAAAAAGAGAAUUUAUCAAAUAUUCCAAAAGAUUUAGCACAACUCUUAAAGAGUUUUUCAAGGAAGGAGAGUCAACUAGUGUUUACAUUAGUGCUGCUCAUCUGAUCCACCAAACUAAUCUACUUCAUAUUACAGUAAAGGACAAAUGUGACAAUCACCAUAAAUAAUAAAUCGGCAAUAAUUUGAAAUUUGUACUGAAACUAAUAAUUAGUAAAGUUUUUUACGAUGAAA